CAGCGCAUGCGCGUAGAUACGCCAUAUUGUGGAUGUUUUUAAAAAAAGAACGGUGUUUUUUCUUUUGAACUAUCGAAAACUUUGACGUUUUGAGUUUUUAAAUUAACUUUGUUUUAAAGAUUUAGUGUGUGGUUCUGUUGUUGUUCUGCCAAGUGUAUUGGAAUUUACCACGUAGGUUCCGAAACGGGUUUCGGUCCCAUCGACUGGAUAUUUUGUAACUUGCAUAAUUUUCUGAUUGUUUACCUGCAUUAGGAACUGGUCUAGUGAGUUAUAAUUUACAUAUUUGUUCGUGCCUUAUUGGAUUCCAAUUGGAAAGGUUCAUAUUGACAAGUGACAUUCAUAACAACAUACGCUUCAACGAAACCAAAUACCGACCAAAAUGACAUAAAACUAAGUGAAAGUGAACAAAUCCUUGUGAACGAAAAUGAGUGACGUGUAGUGCAUAAAUCCAAGAUGGCGUCGUUAGUGACAUUGUUGUGUGUGUUGUGUGGUUUAGGGAGUGCGUGGGCGCACGUGGCGCUGACGUUCCCGCCGGCGAGACGGUAUGACCUGGACUUUUUGGACAACACGAGGACGAAGCCGCCAUGUGGAAUGCCGAAAGGCUCUUCGAAGACUUCAUUUCUCGCGGGCUCAAACUUUACAGUACAUUGGCACUUAGCUUACGCGCACAGAGGAGGCUUCAGUUUACGAAUUUUGGACUACCUCGAAAGGCCCGUUUUGGACUUGACUCCGAGAGCGGGCGGAUCUGAGUGGGUUAGAGACGAUGUUACGGCCCAGAAAUACGAAGUGCGGCUACCGAACGACUUCACUUGCGAAAACUGUACAUUGCAACUCCAGAGGGAAGCGGGGGAAUGGGGGAGCGGUUACCGCUUCUGGUCUUGUGCUGACAUCGACAUCUUACCACGCAAAGAGUACCACGAAACCUGCUCCGGCCACGGCUUCCAUAUCCUCGGCCGCUGCAAGUGCAACAAAAUGUACUCGGGUAGUCGCUGUCAGUUCAGCGAUGAGUGUGCUGAGGAUACCGACUGCGGGCUGCGAGGGCAAUGCGUGGAUGUGAGGGCCACGGAGUCGCCCAGCAAGAUGUGCUAUUGCCCACACGGGUUCUAUGGCAAAGGAUGUAAUAAGAAAUCCCCCUGGAAGGACAAGAACCUCAACCUGGACCGGUACAGCCGCCGGGAGCUCUCACCGGACUUCAACUUAUACUGGAGGGUCAUACAACAUGAGCAAGAACUGGAAGUUGUCAUGAUCGUCAACGGGACCUCUUAUGCUGGAAUCGGUUGGAGGCCGAGCGGAUUGACAAAAGAAUGCAAAAAUUUCCCCGUCAUCGGACCCCCGCUAGCUGACAAGACAAGCACACCAAAACCGGAACCACUACCAAAACCCGAACCCGAAGCGGAACCAGCCGCAUCCCCAGAACCGAGUUCAGAACCCGAACCGAGCCCAGAACCCAAAUCAGAACCCGAGCCCAGCGCAGAACCAAAAGCGGAGCCGGAACCCACCGCCGAGCCGAAGGCAGAACCCGCACCAGAACCCACUUCAGAGCCGGAGCCGUCCGCAGAACCCACGGCAGAACCGGAGCCUGAAACGACGACCAAGUUGUCGGAAUAUGACAAUAGGAAUAAGAGAGUUGCGAUGCAUUCGUUGGAUGGCAUUGACUUUAAGAAUCUUGGAAAUGAUGUUCAAGUGAAGACUAGUGUGUCUUAUAAAGUGUCGAGUUCUAAAGGUCGCCGUAAACGAGCCGCCGCGAAUGAAAAUGUGGAAACCUCAACCCAUGACCAUAGCCAUGACAACCAUGACCAUUCCGUACCAUCCUUAGAACCCAAACCAUUACCUAAGGCUAGAACUAAAUUUGUCCCUAAAUCUAAACGAACUACUACAACCACUGUUACAACCCCAGUACCUACCACACCGGGACCUACUGAUCCACCCACCCCAGAACCAACCCCAGAACCUAAAUCUGAACCUGAACCUACUGCAGAACCCACUUCCGAACCGGAGCCUACCGCUGAAUCGAACGCUGAACCUACCCCUGAACCAAAUGCCAUCCCAGAACCAACUGCUGAGCCUAAAGCAGAACCAGAACCUACGCCUGAACCUACAGCGGAACCGAAGGCUGAACCAGAGCCGACUCCAGAACCUAAAUCAGAGCCCGAGCCUACUGCUGAACCUAAGGCAAAACCUAAACCGAAAGAGCUUGUACCUAAUCCUAAAACACUGUCAAAACUUGAUGCUAAGCCAAAACCUAGUCCUGAACCUAAAUCAGAGCCAGAACCAACUCCAGAACCGAAGACGGAACCUGAGCCUUCCCCAGAACCAAAAUCAGAACCCGAGCCCACUCCAGAACCCAAGUCCGAAUCUGAGCCAACCCCAGAACCCAAGUCAGAACCGGAACCUUCUCCCGAACCUAAGUCAGAACCCGAGCCUUCUCCUGAACCAAAAUCAGAACCUGAGCCGUCCCCAGAACCGAAAUCUGAGCCUGAGCCGUCCCCGGAACCAAAAUCGGAACCCGAACCUUCUCCCGAGCCUAAAUCGGAACCAGAGCCUUCCCCUGAACCUAAAUCCGAACCAGAGCCAUCCCCAGAACCUAAAUCAGAACCUGAACCUUCACCUGAACCUAAAUCAGAACCCGAACCCUCCCCAGAACCCAAAGCGGAACCAGAACGCGAGACUUUGCUAGUGAAAGGACUUAAAGAAGAAACAGGUUACUUCCCCGCUCACGAGUACGUCCCAGGUUACGACUUCAACCCCAUGGACUGCACGGAUAUAGUCAUCGGCACGGCGCGCGGCAACUACCACAGGGUUCUGGACUAUUACACUAGGGACAGGUCGACACCCCGCGUGGACACGUUCUGGGGCGGACAUGAUGACAUCACGGCGUCUUCCGGCUUUGAGGAAAAUGGCGUCACCACCAUCAUGUUUAGGAAGAAGCUGCAGGCUAAAGAACCCACGGACCACUCCAUCGUCGACGACGCAAUGCACGUGAUCUGGGCGCGCGGGCAGGAGCCCGGCAAAUACCGACACUCGCCACCCUCCGGAAUCGAACAAGGAACUGCGUCCGUCAAGGAUUUCUAUAGACAGGACGAGCUGAAGUAUCACGGUCAUGGGGGGCAGAGAGGCGUUACUAAACUCAACUUCUUUGAAGAGAUCAGAUCCGCGGUACUGGGCGGCAUUCUCCCUCUCGCCAACAAAUGCGGCGGCUACUUCAAGCUACCGGCCGACUGUUCCCUCGCCAACGGCACCUGCGAUUACCACGCCAGUUGGGAGUACCUUGGACAGAAGAGAGGAAAGGAUUCUGUCAAGUUCACGAUUGUUACCAAGGAGAGCAAGCUCUGGACUGGUAUUGGGUUCAGCAAUGACAAAAGAAUGUCCCAAACGGACGCGAUCAUCGGCUGGGUGGAUCCCCGCUCCUCCCGCCCCUUCAUCAUGGACACCUGGGUGUCCGGCUACGCGGCGCCCAGGGUCGACACGCAGCAGGACAUCAGCAAAGAGUUCGGCAGUCUCGUGGACGGAGUAACGACCCUCAGCUUCGUGAGGAAGCGGGAUACUAAGGAUUCUAAGGACUUGGCGUUCACGGACAGCCAGUGUCUCUACAUGAUGUUCAUCCCCCACGGCGGCGGCUUCGAUCCCGUCAACAAGCGGACAAGCAAGCACGCGCAAACUCCGAUUGUCUCCGAGAACAGAGUCUGCAUCAAACCGUGUGGACCUGAACCGGCGGAAGACGAAGUAACAACAGAAGCCAUCAUCCCCGGCCAAACAGCAUACACGAUGCUGAUCCGCAUCACAGGCUUAGCUGACAGCUUCAAGCCUCCAGCUGAAGGUUCCCAGGAGUUCGCAGAACUGAAGAGACAGGUCGAGGACAGCCUUAUCCGAGAGGUCUCCAAGAAUAAGGGGUACCGCGGGUUGCAGCUGAAUGGAUUUAUGCAGAACGAAACCAAAGCCAUAAUAGCCGAGCUGACCCUAAAAUCGAUCGAAAGCAACUUUAUCGAGGGCUCUAGCGCUCGCUCGCUCGGCGCGGCGCCGCGCAACGAGAGCGACAGGGACGGCGACAGGCAGCGGUGGGAGCGGGCUGUCAAGGACACUCUGGCGCUGGGGAAGGUUGGGAACCUGAACGUGGACCCGGAGUUCUUGGUGCUGGUGCCGCAGAGUCUACUAUCAACCCAGUCCACGCCCGAGGACGAAAGCAGCAACGCUCGCUCGUUCUUCGGCCUCGCCGAGACCAAACUAUACGUCGUCGUCGGUUGUGUAGUAGCGCUUGUAUUAGUAGCGUUAUUACAAGCCGGAUGCACUUUGUAUAGGAGCAGCAGUGGGAAGAGGAAAGAACAAUUAAUCCCGAACGCAGCCUGGAAGGACUAUUCCACGGCCAACACCAACUACGCGUUCGAGCCGUUUGAGAACGACGACAAAUACAACAGUACCACAUCCACCGCUCCGCUGAGAGAGAGACCUACGUCCGCGCCUUUAAGGCCUACGAACCCACCUCCACCGAGGCCAGGAAGCAACAACAAAAUGGCGCCCAACAGCAAGAACGGCAAGAUGGCGGUCAACGGCAACGGAAACAAGAUGGCCGCCAACGGGAACGGCAAGAUGGUGGCCAAGCACCCGAACAGCGCGGCGCAGUACUACCACGAGACGCGCUCGCUGCAGCGGCCGCGGCCGCCGCAACCGCAGUACGGGUACUCGACGCGGCCCGAGCGCGCCACGUACUCGCUGCCGCGCGGCCGCGACAUGUCGCAGCCCGACUUCUACUUCAUGCCGUCGCAGCGCAAGUACGAAGGUGAAGUCGUUAGGGUCUACGUCGACUACAGGGAUAGGGAAUAAUAACAAACAAUGCUUUCAUAUUGUACCCCUGUAGAAAAUAUCCUAUGUUUUAUAUAACGAAACGAAAAUGAGGUAGUAUUGCCCCAUAGAGCAACGCCGUAUGGGUAGAAAAGCCUAACAUAUUAAUAGUACUUGAAAUUUAAGGGAAUAAUAAGAAACGCUUUAAAGUCCUAGUUGUAACUCUAUAACGAAUAUCUUGGCGAAAAUUAAGAAUCAGUAGUUCUCUAUAUUAUGACGCCCUACGGGUAUCCUAACAUGACAUUUAAAGUGCUUCAAUGUUAGGAUCGAAUAAAGAGAAGGGAAACGAAUGCUUUAAAAUGCUAAUUGUUAUAACACAAUAUCCUAGGCUUGAAAUAGCAAAAUUGAGAGAGCAGUAGAGCUAGACCAAGCUAAGUUGGCAGCGAUUGUGAUAGCCCAGACUGUGCUUAUUAAAACGUCAUCAUUUAAUAGAAGUUUGACGUUUAAAAUAACACUGGCACAGUCUGGGCUAUCAAAAUGGCUGCCAAAUUAGCUUGGUCUAACUCAAGUGCCACAUAAAAUGAUGAUACUAGCCUAAUAUACGCAUAAUACGUGAAGGUUCAGAUCAAAUUUAGAGCCAAAAACCAUACGAACAAGUCGAGCUUUAAACCACCCUAUAAUAUGUUGUCCAUAUAACACAAAAUUCUAAGCAUUUAGCACUGAGAAACAAGAACGAGAGAUUAGUAAGUACCCCAUAAGAUAAUACCUUAUGGGUAUACUAGCUUAACAUAUGCGUAGUACUUGAAGAAAGUUGAGACUGGAGGAACAGGGAAUAGUAAUAUCUUAAAACUUUACUCAAAUACGACUUAAUUCUAUUUCCUCAUAACUGAAUGCCAUGUGGAACUUUCCUGAUAUUGACUAACAGUACCUAGGCGACUGUCUAGGUACAUGAUAUUUGACUACAUAUUAUUUCAUAAUUAUGCUACAUAUAUUCCUUUUUGAAGUAGUCAUAGGUCGGUUUUAUUGUAGGUUUAUUGUCUAGUUGAUCUAAAAAGGGACGUUGUUUAUGCUUUUGAUAAGAUCAUAUUUUCUAUUGAACAUCUUUUUUUUUGUAAUUUUGAUGUAUUUAGCAGUAACUGUUAUUUUAAGUUUUUAGACAGGUGAAAAGCUUUAAUGUAGUUUAGUAUAGUGUAGUUAGUUGGUUGUGUAUUGAAAUGUGCCAGUGUAUUUAAUAGUUGGGGUUGUGUAAAUACUAUAUUAUUAAUGUAGCAUUUUUGAAAUCAAAUAAUAAUCGAGUAACGAGAAAUAUAGAUGCUUAAAUAAUGUAGUAUAACAUAUAUUAUUAAUAUUUUAAUUUGUAUUGCUCGGAGUAAUAUAAUCAUAAAAUCUGCUAAUAUUUUACUUAUGUUUAUUAUACGUAUGAUAAUGCUUGCUAACAUAAUAAAGAUAGUAUAUGUGUCCCAAAGAGCUUCAAUAUUGCAUGGAAAAUAUCAAAGUAUAUCUUAAUAAAAAAUCUAAAUAAACAUAAUGCAUGAAAAUACACAUAUCAAUUUGAACUUUGAGACAAAUUAAACACACAACAUUUUAAUGCUUGUAUUGUAAUGUACUAGAAGUAUACGAGUUUGUAUUAAUAUUUGGGUGUACAAUUUUGAUAAACAUCAAAUUAAAGGCAAGUAAUAAAUUGUGAUUUGGUUAUUAACGUUGCUUACUUAGAAUGCACUAUUAUUUUUGCAAAGUAUACAUUUAUAAUUGUACAUAUUAUUUGGCAUG